GAAACUAUUUAUCUUCCAAUUAUAAGAGAAACAUUUAAAACUGGAUUCGAAGAAACAAAUGAAUUCAAAAUUGAAGUUGAUUCAAUUAUUGCUGAAAGAUAUCAAGUUGUUGAAUAUCUAGGAAGUGCAACUUUUAGCAGAGCAAUUCAAUGUUUGGAUUUAAGAACCAAUCAAAACGUUUGCAUUAAGAUUAUUAAGAAUGAUAAGGAUUUCUUUGAUCAAAGUUUAGAUGAAAUCAAAUUACUAAGAUUUAUUAAUAGUAUGGGUGAUCCAGAUGCUUUCCAUGUUAUCAAGUUACAUGACUUUUUCUAUUAUAAGGAACAUCUGUUCAUUGUUUGUGAAUUGUUAAGAGAUAACUUGUAUGAAUUUUAUGUUUACAAUAGAGAUAGUGGUGAUGAAUUGUAUUUUAAUCUUCCAAGACUUCAAAAAGUUACUCAACAAUUAUUAACUGCAUUACAAUUUGUUCAUUCACUUAAUUUGAUUCAUUGUGAUUUGAAACCUGAAAAUAUAUUAAUCAAAUCCUAUAGUAGAUGUCAAGUUAAGAUUAUUGAUUUUGGUUCAUCAUGUUUCAAAUGGGAUAAUUUACCAUUAUAUGCUCAAUCAAGAACAUAUAGAGCACCUGAAGUUGUCAUUGGAAGUGAUUAUGAUGAAAAGAUUGAUAUUUGGUCUAUUGGUUGUAUUUUAGCUGAAUUGUUUACAGGCAAAGUAUUGUUUUACAAUCAUUCGAUACAGACAAUGUUAGCCAAGAUAUUAUCUUUAUGUGGACCAUUCAAAUUACAUCAAUUACAAAGAGGAAGAUUUGUUAAAGACUUUUUCAAAAAGGUUAAAAUUAAUGGAAGAACUGAAUAUGAAUUAUUGAUACCAGAUUAUAAUCAAGAUAUUCGAGAAAAAUUAGAUAAUUGUCAAGAUGAAGAAUUUGUAGAUUUUAUAAGACAAUGUUUACAAAUUGAUCCUCUAGAUAGAUUGGAUGUACGACAAGCAUUAAAACAUCCAUGGAUGAAUAAGAAAUAU